AUGAUCAUCGCAGUAAGCGACCGGCAUCAUCCGAUGCAGGAUCGCAGUAAGCGACCGGCAUCAUCCGAUGCAGGCUCCAGCAGCCACGGACGCGCGAAAAGAAGAGAGCCGGUUAUAUCCAGGGCCGAAGUGGAAAGCGUGGGCAAACAGAUACACAACCUAAAUAAACAGAUCGACGAGUUGAAGAAAUGGGGGGAGAUCGUCUCGCAGAACAAGAACUCCCCUUUCUGUAAUGAAAUCCUCGUUCAGACCGUCGAGCCGGGGUUCAGGGUGCCCGAUCUGAGGAGAUUCGAUGGGAUGAGAGACCCCCAGGAGCAUGUGGCCGCCUUCGAAAUGGUGAUGAAUCUUUACGGACAAUCAGCCCCGAUAAUGGCUAAAUUGUUCGCGACCACACUGACGGGAAAGGCUCAAGAGUGGUUCACGAACCUACCCCGAGGAAGCAUUGAGUCCUACGAACAGCUCGUGCAAAAGUUCAAUUUCCACUUCGCGAGCAAAAAGAAGCAAAAGAGGUCGGCUACCCAUCUGUUCAACAUCCGACAGAGAGAGGAUGAGACGUUGAAAAAUUUCAUGGGCCGAUUCAACAAUGAGACCCUGGAGGUGCAAGAGUUGAGGAUUGACAUGCUCGUGAGUAUUCUCAUCCACGGACUCAGGAAGGGCUCUUUCGCCUCCGCCCUAGCGGGAGAUCCGCCCAUCGAUGUCGAGCAACUAAUGGCGAUAGCACAGAAAUAUAUCAACGAAAAGGAGAUGAAUGCGAUGAAAGAUUCGGAGCGAAGGGAGCGGGAGUAUAUUCCCAGACGACCUCAUGAGGGAAGAGGGGGAGGAAACGACAAACCAAAAACGGAGAAACGGAAGGAGCCCAAGUACGUGCCGAAAUACCACAACUACACUCCUUUGGCCAUGUCUAGGGAGAAGGCUCUGAUGAUGGUAGAAAAUGCCGACGUGCUGAAAGGGCCUAGACAUACGAGAUACACCCCCACCAAGAAAAUGUCUAACAAGUACUGCCGUUUCCAUCGGGAGAGAGGACACAACACAGAGGAGUGCUACCAGCUGAAAGACGAGAUCGAAAGGCUCGUUCGACAGGGGCACUUCCGGGAUCGCGUGCCCCCAAAUUGUAAGAUCGGAGGGGGAGGAAGGAGGAGUAGAUCGAGAAGCCCGGACCGAGACAGAAACCCGGGCCCAUCAAGGAUCGACAGACCCCCGGCGGGUGGGAACAACGCACCCACUAAAGGCGUCAUAUACACAAUUGCGGGAGGAUCGACUGCGGGAGAUUCAAGUCGAACACGGAAGAGAUGCGCCUGA